AUGGAAAAUUUAACUAAUACACCAAUUGUAGAAUUCAUUGAUACACCACUUCGUAAAAUUAGCUCGACUUCAGAUAUUCCUAUAAUUCUUGAAAGAAAUGGAGUUAAAGAAAGUGAUGAAUCGUUUAUAGACCGCAUGUAUUCAAACAUCAACUUACAAAAAAUGAAAGGUGAGCUAAUACACGAUCUUAAAAACUACCUUGAUGAAUGUGUUAAAAAUGUUGCUCUGUCAAACCGUCACGUUUCUACCGAAUGGGAUACGACGAAAUCAUCAACGCGUGACGACAUACUACAUAACUCUCAUAGCUUCAACAAAUUAAAAUCUUGCGAAACAAACGAGAAUUUUACAAUUCCCAAGGACACCGUUAAGGCAAAAAUCAUUAAACAGAGUUCCUUUAUUCACGCAAAUCGCUUUGAAAACUUGCCCAUUGAAGAAAUAAUGGAUGAUGUAAAUAGUGUUGCCAACGAAGUGCCGCAUAAAACGCCGCGAAGGAGAUCUGACAAAAAAUCUAAAGUUACGCAAAUAAUUGGAGACUCGAUUGUAAAAGAAGUGAAGGGCUGGAAACUUUCUUCAAACGAGAACAAGAUUAUAGUGAAAUCCUUCUCUGGAGCCACGACUAAAUGCAUGGAAAGUUACGCAAUACCAACUACGAACAUGUCUCCCGAUAAAAUUAUUAUUCAUUGUGGCACUAACGAUCUUAAUAGAAUCGAAACCGAUCAAAUUGCUCAAAACAUAGUAAAAUUGGCUAUUAAAUUGAAAUCUGGUGAAAAUAAUGUAAUGAUAUCGGGCAUAAUUCAACGAAAAGACAGACUAAAUGAAAAGGUGAUGGCAGUCAACAAAUCUCUCGCUCAUCUUUGCGAACAAAGAAACAUCGGCUUUAUCAAUAAUGAUAAUAUAAACCCCGACUUGCAUUUGAAUAGAAGUCGCCUUCACCUAAAUAUGAAAGGGACUUCAAUAUUGUCUCGGAACUUUCUACAGGUGAUUGAGGAUUGA